AUGAUUCCGAUUCCACCUCUCUUGCUGUUCUCUGGUCUCGUUGUUGGGUUUUCCAUAUUAUUUACAAAUACUAUCAACAAAUCUGGCUCAGAUCAUAGUGAAAAAAUUGAAGAUCGGCUAUUCAUAAACGAAACAAAUGAAGUUUCUUGUCCAGUUUUAUCGAAACGAACUUCCUUUUUCAUUGAGAAGAUAUUUCAUUUAUACAAUCAAAAUACUAAAAAAAAGUUGAAACAUAAAAGAUCCCUUAUCGUUAAAACUUCGUAUAACUUCCAAAUCAUCACUGAAUUGUUUUUUCAUUUAUUCUUUGGCACUAUAUUAUGUGAACGAAAAACCCAGAAUAUUUAUUUUAAUUUCAUAGACAAUUAUAAUCAACCUUAUAAAAUAAGAAAUAAUGGAAUAGACCAAAAUAUAUACUCAACGCUAAUUUACUAUCGAUCAAAUAGAACGAUUAAUAAUUGCUUAUUUCAAUCUCUCAAUUUUGAAGUCAUUAAAAUAAUAGAAAAUUCACUCUUUCAUCAUAAUCAAUUCUAUAAGGUGCCACCUGCUAAGAAUCUUAUUAUAGGUUUGCAUUACUAUAGCUACUCUGCUUCGUAUAUAGAAAUUGAAUGUUCCAAAUAUUUAUAUUCCUAUUCCAUAAUUCAAUCCUUACAAAUGACGUCGACCCUCAAAUCUGAAGAUUAUAAAACUCCAAAUGGGAAUAAUGUAUUAGAGCAAGAUAAUUCUUCGAAUAUAAAAAAUAUUGAUUCAUAUUUAAGUUACGAAUUUCAAUCUUUACGAACUACAAAUAUGAAUGACACAUUUGUUAUUAAUAUUAAUAAAAUAAAUAUAUUGAAUGAUACAAUUAAAAAUAUCGAAUUACAACUUAAAGAAAUUCGUGAUUCAGUCGAAGAACGUAUUCGUCUUUCAGAAGAAAUCAUAGAUAUCGAAAGUAUUCAUCAAAACUUAUUUGAUAGCACAAUAAAUAUCUCAAUUGGAGAAUGUAACGAGUUUGAAAUUCUUUAUUUAAAUAAAAUCCGUAACGAUGUCGCCAUCUUAAAGGAAGGAAUUGCAGAAUUUAAUAUUCGAUUUUGUGGUGCAUAUGAAAUCGAUGAAAUCAUCGUAAAGGAAGUUCUUUACUUUCUAAGAAAUAGAAUAAAAUUUCCAGGUCGACUUAGAAUUUAA